UCUUCACAGAGCCGCCAUUUUCAUUAUCCAACAAAUCCAAUCACUCUUCCUGGUCCAAUAUUUUAACGAUUGAAUGGGGGAACCAGGAACAUCAUCAGAGCAACCCUCAUCAGACAUGAAUGAACCCAAGUACAAGGGUGUACGGAGACGAAAAUGGGGGAAGUGGGUGUCGGAAAUCAGGCUGCCGAACAGCCGGGAGAGGAUAUGGUUAGGAUCCUUUGAUACAGCAGAAAAGGCGGCGCUUGCAUUCGAUGCUGCCUUGUAUUGCCUGCGCGGUCGGGAAGCAAAGUUCAACUUCCCCGAUAAUCCACCGGAUAUCGCCGGCGGCCAGUCACUUACUCCACAAGAAAUCCAAGUAGUUGCUGCGAGGUUUGCGAAUGAAAACUCAAGGAUGAUGAGGAGUCGCACUAAUACAAGCACAGGUGAGUCAUCGUCAUGGCAAAUGACGGAUCAGUACCAAUCAUCGUCGUCGGAUGGGGCAGUGCAGGUGGAAAGAGGAAAGUCGAUAGAUUGGUCGUCGAUUCUGAAUGAGUUGGACUCUAAUGAGUAUGGACUCUAUCCAGGGCUAGACAGCCAGUAUUAUCCACCACAACCAUCUGUUCUUGAUCAUGAUCAUAUUAAUGGGAAUGAUGGUGAUGAUCAAAAUGGGGAUGAGGCUUAUUCCCAGCAAUCAUUUCUUUGGGACUUUUGAUCGUUUUAUCAGGAGUUCGGCGAAUUUUAGCUGCCGGUGUCGCUGAUAUUUUUUUCUUCUACUUAAUUUACAGUAUACCACUUAGUCUGGCGGGAAUUUGAAGCCUACUACUUGUGAGAGGGAAAUGGACAAUUUUUCUGUGCCAUCUCCGGCAAAUUAUUGAGUGCUGUAGAACCAAUUAAUGGCGUACAUUUCUAGUAGCUAGGAAACCCUUUUUUUGAGGUUGCGUGCAAGUGAAAUUUCGUGCUACACAAUUCUAUUCUAGUAUAAUAAAAAUGUUACAGAGACAGACUUAUAGCUUGCUA